AACUCCACCGUGCAGAUGGUCAAAGGGGAGCUUGGUCCUUCCAAAGGGACAUAAAAGAUAUGGCAGCCCUGGGACAAAAAGCCCACGAGUUCUAUGUGCCAGUCUUCAAGACCUAGUUGUAUCCGGGCAUAUGAAUCGCGUCUUGGCUGCCGUUAGACAGAGAUGCCUUGGCCUACACUUCCCAUCGAGGACCUCCCAGCCUGGGCACACCUCAACGACGUAACAUUCCACAGCGUCAAGGUUACAAACACCGAGGGCAAAGGCUAUGGUGUGAUUUCCACCAGAGAUAUAGAAGCCACCGAAGGCACCCCCGAUGUCCCAUCAUUGCUCACCGUGCCACACGACCUUGUCCUCAAUGCCGCCGCUGUCGACGAGUUUGCCAAGGAGGACAGAAAUUUCCGGCACCUUUUGGAUGCCAUCGGACACCGUGGCACACGGGCUGACGUAUUACUCUUCCUCCUCGUCCAGACGGCCCUGGUUUCCCGCCACGGUCACCCUCCUGUGGGAGUCUCGAACCCCUGGAGAAUAUACCUCCAAUUCCUCCCAAAAUCAGUGCCAGUGCCCACCCUGUGGAAUGAGGAUGAGAGGCUUCUACUUCGGGGCACCUCUCUCGAGGCCGCCGUCGACGCCAAGAUUACCGCGCUGGACGCUGAGUUUGGCCUGAUCCAGGAGAAGUCGUCCGACAUUGUGUCCUGGAACGAAAUUUUAUGGCACGACGGCUCGGUCUCGUUCACAGACUAUAUCCGGCUGGACGCCCUGUACCGGUCCCGCUGCGUGGAGCUGCCAAGGUCCGGGGAAUCCAUGGUCCCUUGCCUCGACAUGACGAACCACGCGGUCACUCCCUCGGCGUACUACGAAGAGAGCCGGAAUAACGAGGUAAUUCUGCUGCCUAGGCCAGGACUAAGCAUUUCUAAAGGCGACGAGGUCACCAUCAGCUACGGCGACGACAAGUCGGCCGCAGAAAUGUUAUUCAGCUACGGGUUCAUCGAUCCUCAGUCAGCGACCGACUCGUUGGUCCUGCCCCUGACCCCGUUCCCGGACGACCCGCUAGCCAAGGCCAAGCUCGUCGCCUUCGGCCAGGCACCACAGAUCCGCGUGGCUCGGGACGAGAACGGGGCCAUCUGGUGGGGGAGCCAGUUCGCCUAUUUGAUGUGCGUCAACGAGGAGGAUGGGCUGGAGUUCCGCGUCCUGCAGGACACCGACGGGGGUCAGCAGCUGCGCGUGUUUUGGCAGCAGGAGGAUGUCACGGAUCGAACGAGCCGCUUUGAGGAGAUGGUUUGGACCCAUCCCUUUUCUGCGGUCUUCAGGUUACGAGUGGUGACGGUUGUUCAAGAGACUAUCCAGACGCAGCUUGAGCGGCUGCGGUCAACCACACCGCCAGACUCGCCCUCUUCGCUGCAACAUGAGGAUUGUUUCAGGAUGGCAAUGCUGCUCCGCCAGAUUGAGACGGACAUUCUCGAAGGCGCCAUCAAAACCCUGGAAGAAGAGAGAACCUUGCUCAUGGCAAAAGAAAACGUGGUGGCUUACUUGGCCGGCCUUACGGAACAACCGGAUUCGGACCUAGCGGGCGAGGAGGCGUCCAAUGAGGCCGACGACUUCAGCUAAUGAACCAUGGUUCCCGGCGACCAUGUGAGAGACGCCUUCUUGCUGCCCUGCAUCAUCGACAUCAUACGCUCAAAACACCCAUGAAUUCGCAUUGCCGAGAGGAGAGGGGGCACCUGACGCUACCAACGAAUAUAUAGGGUGGCCUUUGAAUGUGAAACACUCAUAAGAUUGAAAACCUUCUCUAUUCUGUCAGGUAGGCGGGAUGGUUCUCAACACCUGCUUCUACUGCGGUUCUUCACAUAGCAGUAUGGAGUAGACCCUUGAACAGGGGCUGAGAUGCGGUUCUUGAAUGAAUUGGUCUCUAAUCUUGAGCCGACCCAUCUGGCGUAUCACUCGGGUUCAAACCGUGAUAUCAAGUUGUAGAAUGACUCCGACAAACAUCGAAACGGUCUGUUGUGGAC